GAGGAAAGCAGAGGGCCGUGUGAGGACGGCUGCAGCCUGAGGAAAGCAGAGGGCCGUGUGAGGACGGCUGCAGCCAUGCACCUGGCUGUCGUGGCCUGUGGACAGAGACUACAGGAGACUCUCACCAUGCUGAAGUCUGCCGUUAUGCUCAGCAUCAAACCACUGUGCCUCCACAUCUUCUCUGAAGACCAGCUGCACGCCAGCUUUAUAGAGGCUCUCAUCCUAAAGGAGGUGGAUUCUCUAGUCUAUGUGGACUCGGACAUCUUGUUCCUCCAGCCUGUAGACGCUCUGUGGUCCCUGCUAGCUCACUCCAACGCUACCCAGCUGGCCGCCAUGGCGCCGGAGCACGAGGAUCCACGCAUCGCCUGGUACAGCCGCUUCGCCCACCACCCCUACUAUGGCAGGACGGGCAUCAACUCUGGAGUCAUGCUCAUGAACAUGACACGCAUCAGGGCCACAUACUUCAAGAUGGUCUGCAAUGCUGACUGUGUGAUCAGCAAUGUUGUGGCAAAAUGGCCUGGCUCAGUCCAUGACUCCAGAAUCUUUCGGGCCUCUGAAAUCUAUCAGUGCCUAUCACAAGGUGAAUUCUCUGGUGUGUUGCUGGGAGACAGGGGGUAUGGCUGCCAGCCUUUUCUCCUGACACCUUUCACAGACCCCCAGGAAGCACAGCAGGCCUACAACCAUGCCCAUGCCAGGACCAGGGCCAGAGUUGAAAUGAUCUUUGGCCUCCUGAAGGCACGCUUUCACUGCCUUCACAAAUUAAGGGUCAGCCCUGUUAGGGCAUGUGAUAUUACUGUGGCUUGUGCUGUCCUCCACAAUGUGGCCUGCCUGAGGAAGGAGAGGGCCCCCAGAGUGCCACCAGCCAUGGACUGGGACAAUCCGGCAAUCUUCCCUGAUGACGACAGUGGUCGGCUGCUGAGGGACCAAUAUGUGUUGAAUUAUUUUAGUUAGUAUGUGUGCUUUCAAUUUUGGUUAAAUAUGUCCUGCGGUGGCAGAGGAAUUUGUUUUUUUUUGGGUUCGUUUUUUUACGAAUUUGGCCUCUUAUGAUGUUUGUGCGGUAUACUGUGUGUAAUACAAGGCUGCAGGGAGGCUACUGCAUCCAUUCAUUUGUCUGUUCAGUUGAUGUGUAUGGAUUUGUCCUGCAUUUAUUUUAGUGUGCAGACAUGCAGGGUGUGUUAUAUACAGACCUUUGAAUGUGUAUGUAUCAUUUUGUAUAAUAUGCUUGGAUUCUGUGCUUUCCAUCUUGUAGAGUCACUGUGACUUCAGUUUCGAAAGGAGCUGAUGGUUUACCUGCUUUGUUUUGUCCUUAUUCAAUAAAGGAACAUAAUGUUACACAUUGUGUUUUUAUAUUCAUAUGGAAUGUGUAUUUGUUUAUAUGACAGAGUACUAGGGCCACACUGAAGAAAAAGGAUAAAGUCAUAAAUUUAUGAGGCUGGUUCUUUCUGCAGAAAAGCUACAUAUUGUUUUUACAGUUUUGAUACUUAUGACAAUGUGAUACUUAAUAUUCUGGCACAUCAGCAUGUCUUUGUUUAUGAAACCAUACUGAAGUACAAUUUCACGAAAUGCCCCGCAUCUGUCAUUUUAACAACUGUCCUCCUUUAAAACAACUGGUUACAAUAUUAUGACUUGUCUUUUUUUCCCCUCUGUGGCCCUAAUAUUCUAUCAUUUUAUAUAUAGUCUAUGGGAAACUGUAAAUUAUCUAAUGAUAGCAACAUCUAAAAAUCAUUUUUUUAUCCAAAAUCAUUGAAAUUAAUGAUCACAAACGUUUAAAUAAUGACAGUGGGUCUAGUUAUAUGUGAUAACAAUGUAUA